AUGAAAAAAGCAGCACAAAAUGUACUAGAUAAUACGAUUAAUUUCUUCGAAGGAUUAUCACCUGUAGUGGUUAUCCCAGAUAUCAUUGAAGAACGUCUUUCUUCUAGUAAUAUUGUGAACUAUCAAGCUGCAAAAGGAUUAUUCUUUGGUGCAGUUAACAGAGCAUUGAGAAAAUACUGCAUCUCUCAGCAGAAAAAUCUUAUUAUGAUGAAACGCUACAGUUUAAUGCAUGCUUUGAUCGGUUUCUGGUGGUCAUUUGAAAAUAAAUUAUAUGAUUACGCGAUGCAGACUGGUUUGAUAUUCGAAGAAGUAACAAAAUUGGAAUCAAAUCAGCGUAGCGGUGUUAUUUUGAACGAAACAUACUUCCAAAUUGUAAGAUUAGGUUUUCAAAACUGGGCUGACUAUAUUUUGAAUUUCAAAUUCGUUUCUGAUGAAUUUCUUACCAUGCUGAAGCUAAUUGAAGAAGCACCAGCCCUUUAUCCAUAUCAAGAUAACACAUUUAUUCCAAAACUCAUCAAUUACUUAGGAUUGAUCAAGAAAACACCAGAAGCAGCUGAAGAAGACUUGUCUCUCAUAAUUUUCAUCUCAGCAAGCUUGAGAUUAUUCAUCCAACACAAAAACAUGUAUCCUGAAGCAGUUACUGAAGAUUUACAAUACUGUUCGAUGCUUGUUGACUCUAUGCCAGUCCAUAUCAUGUAUUCCAGGAAAUUUGAUGAAGUUCGUGACAAAUCAAUUAAAAUCUUGGAAUCAAUUGAGAAGAAAGUCGACGUGGUUAAUCGUAGUCCUGCCAACUUUACAGUUUUCGAUUCAGUUGAAUACCAGGAGCUUUUGAAAAUGAUUUAUUCAUGUAAUCCCGAAAUUUACAUGAAAGAAUACGUUCCUCUUCAACUGAAGCAGAUCUCCAAUGUUUUCCAGAGCAAGAGAAUUGAUCCGAAAACAACUUCUCCAAGAGUUGUCUUUGAUUUUCUUCACAACACUAUUUAUCCGAUCUAUAAGAUGCUGGAUGACAUCAUGCAGAACAAUAUGGACCAUCGCCGCAAAUUCGCUGCUUUAUUCGCUGAAAGAUUCAUGCCAAUCAAAUUAUUUGCAGAUUUCAGAGGCUUCUUUAUCCAGAAUGAUGAGAAAUUAAUUACAUCUAUCUGGAACAUGUCGAAGUUCCUUACAGAUUACGUUGCAAUCAUCUCAGAUGCCUUCUAUUCAUAUUUCAAGCGGACAAUUGACAAAUACGUCCUCCAGAAGCACGAAGAUGACCUCAACGAAGAAGUUUUACGUAUAAAUAACUACGUAGACAACGUUUUCGGACACGACCAAUUAAUGGUUUUGACGAGAUCUUCAAUUUACAUGCCUCAUCAGUCAGACCAACAGCUUCUAGGUAGAGCUAGAGGCUUAAUUGAGAUGGCCCAUGAGCCUAAGAAGAUGAAUGUCUCAAUUCGCGAAUUAUUUGACAUUGUUCCUCACGUUAAAGACAAACAGGACUUGUUUACAAGCAUUGCAAAGUUUAUACAGAACCAAUUGCUCUCUAAAAUCGAUCCGAACAUCGAAUUAGAGCAAUCAUUGAUUAAUUCCAUGGGACAAUACGCUGAUUACGAGUACAUCCAACCUAUUAAGCAGAUUGUCAAUGACUUUGCCCAUAGAUUCGACUUCUGGAACGAAGUCAAACAAAAAAUUUCGGAUUCAUCUGAUGUCAAAAUCAUGGUUUUACCAUCUACAACGUGGACAAAGAUCAUGAAGAAUGACAGACUUAAGGUUUUUAACGAAUUUGAUUCUUUGAAAGCCGCAUUUCUCAAAGAAUUUAAGAGAAAGAACCCGAAAAAGAGCCUUAUCUUCAUGGAUCCAAACUCUUUGGUCGAAGCUCGUGGUAGACUCAAAGGAAUGGACCGAGAAUUGAAGUUCCUGUUCAAUGGAACUCAAUUUGCCAUUGUAAAGUUCUUGGAAGGUAAAUCUUAUGCAAAUUCUGACCAAUUAAAGAGUGUUGCCAUAUCAGAAGAUACACAGGAACAAAUAGAUAACUUGGUAAACUCAGGAUUACUUGAAUAUUCUAACGGAUACUACAAAUUAGCUGAUAACAUACCAAGUUCAAUGCAUAGGAACUAUGCAAUCAAGUAUACGUCAGCUGAAAACAUGGCCAUGGCGCUCUUGAAGAUGCAGGACAUAGAAAAAUCAGUUUCUGCUUGCAUUAUAAGAAUUCUUAAGACCGGAAAGAAGUUAAAUGCAUCAGAAAUUGUUGUUGAAGUCAAAAAACGAACAGCACAAUACUUCAGAGUCGAUGACGACACAAUCAGAGAACAAAUAAGAGAUGCUGAGAUUAAGGAGUUCAUUAGGAUGGGCCAGGAAUCUGGAAAAUAUUCUUACUUACCAUAA